CCAAAACCACCUCAGAAAAAAAAAAAAAAAGAAGCAGAAAUAUGGUUGCCGCCGGCGCAUACUGGUUAAGUUUGACCCUCCCUUUGCUCCUUGCCGCCUACUGCUACUACUUCCUCCUCGGAACUCGUCGUCGCCGCAGAAACCUCCCGCCCAGCCCGCCUUCCCUCCCGAUCAUCGGCCACCUUCACUUACUCUCAACCCAAUCCCCUUACCGAUCCCUCCGCGACCUCUCCGCCAAAUACGGCGCCGUGUUGCUCCUCCGCUUCGGUUCCCGCGACGUCCUGGUGAUCUCCUCCCCUUCCGCCGUCGAGCAAUGCUUCACCGACAACGACAUCGCCUUCGCCAAUCGGCCCCUCCUGCUGGGCGCCAAGCACCUCAAUUACAACCACACCACCAUCGGCGCCUGCAACUACGGUGACCGCUGGCGCAACCUCCGCCGCCUCACCACCGUGGAGCUCUUCUCCCCAUCCUGCGUCGCCGCCUUCUCCGCCGCCCGGCGGGUGGAGGCCGGGCUGAUGUUGAAGGAAAUUUUCAGAGAGGCAGAGUCCGGAGAAAGACGAGGGGUGAAUCUGAGCUCGAAAUUCAGAGGAUUCGCUUUCAACACCAUGCUUCGGAUGGUCGCCGGGAAGCGGUAUUUCGGGUACGGCGAAUCGGAUGUGGUGGAUAGAGAAGCGGAGGAGUUUCGGGAUCUGAUCGGCGAAUUCUCUGCGAUUCAGGGGACCUCGACGCCCAACGAUUUCUUUCCCCUGCUUCGAUGGGUCGAUUUCCAAGGUCUGGAGAAGAGGAUGAAAUCGAUCAUGACCAAAUUGGAUGACUUCUUGCAGCAUCUCGUGGACGGGUUUCGUGAAUCCCGAUCGAAAUCGUCGUCGUCGCCGUCUUCUUCUGAACCAGGCGGUGGAACCCUAAUCGACGUCAUGCUGUCGUUGCAAGAUACAGAGCCCGAGUUUUAUACCGACGAGACCAUCAAAGGCGUCAUCUUGAUAAUGCUCAUCGCCGGCACCGAGACAUCUUCCACAACAAUGGAAUGGGCGAUGUCUCUGCUGCUCAACAACCCCGAAUCAAUGUCUCGUCUGGUCUCCGAGAUCGAACAAACCGUUGGAACGGAUCGUCUGUUAGACGAAACCGACUUACCGAACCUAAAUUACCUUCACAACGUAAUCGACGAGACGCUCCGGCUGUACCCGCCGGUGCCGCUGCUGAUCCCGCACGAGUCCUCUCAGGAGACGCGCGUCUGCGGGUACACCGUGCCAAAGGGGGCGAUGCUGCUAGUCAACGCUUGGUCUCUGCACAGGGAUCCAGAGCUGUGGACGGAGCCGGAGAGAUUCUCGCCGGAGAGAUUUGAAGAAGCUGAGCCGGCGAUGAAGAGGAAGGAGAACAAGUACAGGCUGGUUCCGUUCGGCGCGGGGAGGAGGGCUUGCCCGGGGGAUUUGCUUGGGAAGAAAGUGGUGGCGAUGGCUUUGGGCGGUCUGGUUCAGGGGUUUGAGUUGGGUAAGAUUGAUGAGAGGGUGGAGAUCGAUAUGGGUGAGGGGAUUGGGUUGACCAUGGCCAGGGUUCACCCGCUGGAGGUUUUGUGCAAACCUCGCAGCAGCGGGAUCGCCAUGGCUCAAUUCCUCUUCGUCGACACGUGUCAUGAGUAGUUGGUUACCACGUCAAUUUUGCAUUUGUUGUGAUUUUUGUCUUGUCGAGAGGGAGAGAGGCAGUACCUCAAUAUCAUAUGUAUCCGAGGUUGAAUAAAGUGGGUGGUCGGAUGUCCCCUAGAAUCAACCACCAACCAAGCAGAUUCGCCGCUCAAAUAAUUGUCACACGACCGUGAUAUAACCAUAAAGUAAAUAUCAUGGAGGCCAAAUGACAGACAGUUAUCGCAGAUCGCCUAACAAUAGUACCCAAUAAUUAUCAGCAGGCGAACGUUUUUUGAGGCAGAAUGCAAGAGUAAUAAUAUGCGAAUGAAAUA